AUUUGUUUUAUUUCCAUUUUUAGUGUGCCUUAAACUUCUUUUAUACAUAAAUUCACACAACAGUUAGCUGGCGCAGAAGACCACGAAAACAACUUGGAUUGCAAGCGAAGAUAACCAGAACAAAUACAAAAUAAAACAUGGAAACGCCCAACAAGAAAAAGAAAGCCAAAAAAAAUACAAAAUGGGACAACUCCACGCAGGCAAAGGAACAGAGCAGCGACAAGAAGUCAACGCCAGAGAAGCCUCCAGUAUGGCGAUCCAACUUGAAGGCAAAGCCCAUCGAGGGCUUACAGGUGGUUGGUGUCGCCGAGAGGUCAAGCCUCAAGGGUUGGGUGACAAGCGUCUUGGGCGACGGCGUCACCCAGGCGGACAUGGAGCUGCGCUCGGGUGUCGUCUUCUGCCAGCUGAUCGCCCAAAUCUAUCCGGGCUCCAUUGCCACAUCGAACAUUAAGCUGAAGGCCAAGAUGGUGCAUGAGCGCGCCCACAACAUAACUCUGCUGAAGAAGGCCCUGAAGCAGCAAGAAGGAGCCACGGGCAUGAAGGAGGCGGAGGUCACCAAGAGGCUGAACGGCAGCAGCAACGAUCUGUUCGAGUUCCUGAAAUAUCUGCAGGACAUGCAUGUGGCCACUGUGCCACCUCGCCCACCAGUUGUCGCGGCAGCUCCAGCGAAGAAGCAGCCGCCAAAGUCCAAGAAGAGACCCCUGGCAAGGAUUGCUCCGAAAAAGAAGACACAACCUACGAAAGAAAUGAAGAUGGAGAUGGAGACGAAGACGGAGCCUACAGCCUGCGAACUGAGUGCUGCAGUGGACAGCUGUGCCAGCUCAACUCUCACUUAUGCCAUGCCCCAGGAGGAGGAGGAGGCUGUCCCCGCCGCAAAGCCUGAGGAACAAACACCAAAGCCCGGCGUAUCGAUGCUCCAAAAACUCUUCGACCGCCAGGAGUUCAAGCGUGCCUUGGCCAAUCAUUUGGACGUCCUCGACGAGACCGAUUCGGAUAAUGAAGAAUUCGAAUAUAACCGGGAGCGCAUCGAUCGCAUUGGUCAGGGGUUCUUUGACAUCAUUUAUCACUUUGGGUAUGUCAUGCGUGAUGAGAUCAAGGCCAGCGGCGGUGCACGCACCGAAAGGGACAUCGUGCUGGAGAUCCUUGGCGAUAUUCGCCGGAUGCGCAUCGAUGUCAAGGAACUCAAUCGCGACGGCACACCCAAAAGCCUUUACGAAUUGAAGCGCACAUUUAUCUCGACCUUUCAGGAGUUCGUUGACAUCUAUGAGAUCACUGCCGAUAUCACAACUGUGCCCGAGGUGAUGACGGUCGAGGCGAUGCCUGUCCAUCGCCAUCCGCGCUUCAAGUUCAACAGACGGACUCGCCAUUGGUUUCCGGAAUAUCAUCCCGAGACCAUGCUAAAUGGUAAGAGUCUGGAACAUUUGCCAAUGCUGGCCAAGGGUCAGACGCUGCAGGAAAUGCUGCAGCAGUGGAACAAGUCGCAUGGGAUCAAAGAGGACACAGAAGCCACAAAGGAGCCACAGCCAGAGGCCAAAGUCAAAGAGGAGCCACAGCCAGAGGCCAAAGUCAAGGAGGAGCCACAGCCAGAGACCGCCACAAUCGAUGAGUCCCAGCUGGUGCCAGAACAGACCUCGGUGCCGCAGUCCGUUCAUGUGGUUCCCUGUGAAGAGGAGGAACAGGAUACAGGACUGGAGAUGCCUCAGCCGGAGAUGGUGCCAGAAGCGACCUCUUGGCCAUUCGAAGAGUUCCCACAGUUCGGUGUUGCCCAGAAGGAGGAACGAGAGAUGAAUCCCUGUGAAGAGGAGGAACAGGAGACAGGAAAGAAGAUGCCGAAGAUGGUGCCAGAAGCGAUCUCUUGGCCAUUCGAAGAGUUCCCACAGCUCGAAGUUGCCCAAAACGAACUCGAGAUGGAUUUCCCCAAGAUGGAGCACGAAGAGUUGAAGGAAGUCGAGCUGGAGAUGAUGCCAGAAGCGAUCUCUUGGCCAUUCGAAGAGUUCCCACAGUUCGGUGUUGCCCAGAAGGAGGAACGAGAGAUGAAUCAAAUCCAAGAAGAACUCAAGAAGGAGGUCCCCAAAGAGCACGAAGAGUUGAAGGAAGCCGAGCUGGAGUCUUUGCGAUUCGAAGAUCCACAGUUCUAUGUCGCCCGAGUCGACGAGCGAGAGAAGUUUCAGUUCCGAAAGGAACUCAAGAGGAAGAUCCCCAAGAUGGAGCUCGAAGAGUUGAAGCCAGAAGCGAUGUCUAUGCGAUUCGAAGACCCACACUUAUAUGUCGCCCGAGUCGACGAGCGAGAGCAGUUUCAGUUUCAAAAGGAACUCAAGAGGAAGAUCCCCAAGAUGGAGCUCGAAGAGUUGAAGGAAGUCGAGCCGGAGAUAGUGCCAGAAGCGAUGUCUUUGCGAUUCGAAGAUCCACAGUUAUAUGUCGCCCCAGUCGAGGAGGUCCCCAAGAUGGAGUGCGAAGAGUUGAAGGAAGUCGAGGAGGUGCCCAAGAUGGAGCCCGAAGAGUUGAAGGAAGUCGAGCGAGAGGCAUCGCCUGCUGCAUUCGAUGAGCCACAAUCGGAGCUGACUUCCCCAACAGCAGAGGCUGAUCCAAACUCCGGCAGUGAGUCGUUGACUUUUGGUUUCUUCGAGAAUGACGAGCUGGUGAGCCUGCUGGAGACAGCAGCCGGGCAGCGGCCAGCAACGCCAGAGAUGGCCCAGAACCUUUUCAUGUCACAGCCAGCUAUGAUGCCAGAUUGUGGCCGAAUGGUUGCACGGAAGAUGCCUCGGCAGACAGAAGUUAAGGCCGCGACAGCCCGGGCACUGAUGAGUCUCCUUGGCGACGAUGGCACUCUGGUACGCAAGCAUCCUGUUGCUCCGCAGGAGACAUCUUCCCUGGCACCAACCUCACCCGAGCGGAAUGCUGUUACCGAGCAAUUCGUGUGGAAGACACCGCUGCCAACGAUGAUGACUCUUCGUGCGGCGGUUAAUUUUUUGAUUGAUUUGCCCGAGGAGGACGUUGAUCGUUUGAUGAUGGUGGUGCCUAUGGAUGAAUCCCAAAUCGAGGAGCAGCUCUCAACGUACGAGCAACUGGAGCCGUCCCCCGAUAUGCAGCAGCUGGAGCCGCCUGAGCCCCAACAGCCGACUGAUUAAUUGUUGCCGCUCCCAAGUUAAAUUGUUUAUUUAUUUCUAUGUAUAUUUAUUUUGUUAAGU